AUGGCGGGACAACCGGGAGAAGAAGAGGAGAAAAAGGAUAUGACCCUAACCUUAGUCCUAACCCAACAAAUGCAGAAUGAGAGAGCUCCCAAAAAAAAGAAGCAGAUUGGUAGCCUGAUGUUGGCCAAGAUGAUAGCAGAAAAUAAGAGGAGAAAGAAAAAAAGUAAAGCAAUCGCCACUGAACGGCAGAUGAUACAUCUGGAGGUAUCUCUGAUUAUAAAGAGGUCACAGAUUGUAGCGCUGAACAAAGAGAAUGCAGCAAAAGCGCAACAUGUCAAAGUGUACGAACAGCUCAUUGAGAAGGAGAACCACUGCUUUGAUGAGUUCCUCGGGAGGAGUAGGAAGAAAUCUGUGGAGGCAAAAACACGUUUUGAAGAAGAGUGCAGGCGCAAACAGGAGAUGAAUGCUGCCAUUGAGAAGUUAAAUGAUGAAAUAUGGGUAGUAAGAAGUGAAUGCACCAGGACUGAUGACACUCUGAAUAAAUAUGAGAGGUACAAGAACAUUCUGUUCAAGCUGUCUCCUGAGGAGUGGCAGGAGGAAGAAGCCCUGUCUGACGCUGCCAAUGAGCAGAACACGGAGCCACAGUCAGCAGGUGGGCAGGGUUUGGAGUUUGAAGAGUCCAGUCCAGGUUCCACCAGAGACCCCCAGCUGUCCUCAGCACAAAGCCACACAAUUCUUUUGACACAUAGCCGUGUUCAGGGCGAGACCCUCAUUACCCAUGAGAAAUUUGGGGCAUAUUGGACAAUGUAUGUUGGACUUCCUGUUUUAUGGCGAAACAUCGAAAUUUGCCGCAUCGCCACACCCAUAAGGGUCACAAACUCUAAACCAGAUGACAACAAUUCAGGACAUGAGAAGAAGCUGCACCUGUUCUUCUCUGAUACGCAGCAGCUUCUAGAUCUUGUGAUGGAUCUGACAGACCAGAACCUGUCCCUGAUUCAGAACUCCACCAGAGGGGACGAGACACGGGAGGAGCUCCUGCAGACCAUCGAGACCACCAGGGUGAAUAUGAAAGAGGAUGAAGAGAAGCUAACUUUACAGAUCACUGAUAUGAGGGAGAGAAUUGACUCUGAGAAGGAGAGAUCUACCAAGCUGGAACAGAAGGUUCAGCUCCAUGUCUCAUUAAAAGCUGAGGACAAGGAUGUUAUGUUGGAUGAUCUGGGUGAGAAAGUGACAGAAGUGCAUUGUCGCGUUUUGGAUAGCCGGAUGAGCAGCCUCAGCACGUUGGAGAAGCUGUCCAGCAUUGAGUACCGUAUGUCUGUACUGCUGCAGAACAUUGAGAGCAUCCCUGAAGAAAACUUGGAGGCUUUCAGGCAGCUCAAGGACAGUGAGAGGAGGACCAGGCAGCAAGAAGAAAAGCUGAGGUUGGAGAGGGAGAAACAGAGGGAACGGAUGAAGAAGUGCAUGCAAAGAUCCAUGGGUGACGCCAAGAAAAUAAGAGGAAGAAAGCUCCUGCCCAGAUGCAUCCCCGUUGAGCACAAGAUCAAAGUCAGCGUUGAGGACAACGUCCCUGCCGAGGACGAGCUCCACGCUUACCUCUUCACCACUGACUACACACUGUAA